AUGGAAUUCCUAAACUCCAUAAAGCAAGUAGCUGGAAACUUGGUUACAAAAGUGGAGGAUCUGUUUUCAUUACAACUUUUACGAAUAUUUGAUGCUAAUAACUCAGAAAUUCUCCCCUUGAAUGAUACGUGGACGAAUUGUCCAUUCAAAGGUUGUUCAGUUUUGUUGUUGAAUGAAGGGAUUGAGUUUGUGACAAAUGUUGAAUGUCCCUCUUGUCAUGGGUUGUUUUGUGCACAAUGUAAUGUUCCAUGGCAUGUAGGACUCACUUGUCAAGAAUUCCAAUUCCAAAGAAAACAUAAAUGUUUUGCGGGUGAUUCCCAAAACCACAUUCCAAAGAAGAGAAAAUCUUUCUUUGAAGAUUGUGAGAAUGACGAAAACAAUAAGAAUGAGAAAAAGAAGAAAAAACUCAGCAUUAUCACUGAGUCCAAUAACCAAGUGGUGGCUACUCUUCUACUAAAGUUGAAAGGGAUUCUCAAACGCUCAAAGUAUGUCCCAAACUAUUUUGGGAGUUUUCCACAGUCUCCAAAAUCCUUUUGUGGCAUAUGUUUUGAUUUCAUACAAGAGCAUUGUAUUGCCAAAGGAAGUACCACAUGCAAUCACCUCUUUUGUGCCAAUUGUAUAUCUAAGCACGUGGCUACUCAUCUAAGCCAAAAUAUAAUUAAGGUUUAUUGUCCAAAUCCAAACUGUUAUGGGGAGCUUAAGCCACGACAUUUGCAACACAUUUUGCCUAAAGAGGUCAUUGAUCGAUGGGAAUCAGCAAUACUCGACUCUACCACUGCUUGGUGA